GGCGAGCGGAGGGGAGGGGCCUGGUCCGGCCCGGCCGGUGCGUGAGGACUGGGGCCCCGGCCCGGCGCCGUCGCCGCCGCGAUGGCCCAGCAGCAGAUGACCAGCUCUCAGAAGGCCCUGAUGCUCGAGCUGAAAUCCCUGCAGGAGGAACCAGUGGAGGGCUUCCGGAUCACCCUGGUGGAUGAGUCCGACCUCUACAACUGGGAGGUGGCCAUCUUCGGACCCCCCAACACUCUCUACGAAGGCGGCUACUUGAAGGCGCAUAUUAAAUUUCCUAUUGACUACCCAUAUUCACCACCUACCUUCAGAUUCUUGACCAAAAUGUGGCACCCCAACAUUUAUGAGAAUGGAGAUGUAUGCAUUUCAAUUCUUCAUCCGCCUGUAGAUGAUCCACAGAGUGGAGAAUUGCCUUCUGAAAGGUGGAAUCCUACUCAGAAUGUGAGGACUAUCCUAUUAAGUGUAAUCUCACUGCUUAAUGAGCCCAACACCUUCUCCCCAGCCAAUGUGGAUGCUUCGGUUAUGUUCAGGAAAUGGAGGGACAGUAAAGGAAAAGACAAAGAAUAUGCUGAAAUCAUUAGGAAACAGGUUUCAGCCACUAAGGCCGAAGCAGAAAAGGAUGGAGUCAAGGUCCCCACAACCCUGGCGGAAUACUGCAUCAAAACUAAAGUGCCUUCCAAUGACAACAGCUCAGAUUUGCUUUAUGACGACUUGUACGACGACGACAUUGAUGAUGAAGAUGAGGAGGAAGAAGAUGCCGACUGUUAUGAUGAUGAUGAUUCUGGGAAUGAAGAGUCGUGACGUGCUCCUUCAGUGCCCCUGUACUGCCCUGCCGUCUCAGGCCAAAGGGAGGGGAGCAAGUGGGGACCUAGCAGUGGCCCCUCAGCAAAAACCUAUUCACGGGGUGGGGAAAACACACACAGCUCCUGCUGACUCCCCUUAUGGAUCUCAGUUUGCUCCUUUUUAUGGACCUUUAAUGGAGAGAAAGUAACCCUCCACAGAAUGUCUGAAUUCUUGCAUUCUUUACCCUUCCAUCACUGUAUUGAUUCUUUUAAAAAAAAAAAACAAAAACAAAACCAACAACAGCAACCACCCAAACUCCCGCCUCACAUCGUCUCUGCAGAAUGUUCACAGCAGAACACGUUUGGUCUGUUUUUAGAUUCUUGAAGAAUUAAAUAGUCUUUCAAGAUGUUCAAUGUGUUUAAAGCUGGGAACCCGUUGGGAGUUCACAAGUGCUGCAUAUACUGGGUAGCAAAAGAAAAUGGAGGAAAAAAAAAAAAAACCACAAAACAAACUAAAAAAAAAAAAAAAAAAAGAUUUGCCAAGGUUUAGCUGCUCAUUUACGUUAGUGUGUGCGCAUUUGUUCAGCCCCAUGGUGGUGAAUUUUGUUUCUUUUCCUUCCUAAGGCUGGGAUACAGUGGGCAUCAGGGACUUUGUGCUAAGCCUGAUGAAAUGUGCUCCCUCAGCCUCCAUGAAAUCAUCCUAGCACGGAGGCCUCAGCUCUUCUGAGGAGAGAAGUCAGAUUUUGGUUUUUUUUGUUUUUUGUUUUUUUUUUGAAAUCGAUUGGGAUCUAAAGCCUGAAAUAAACAUUCAUACUUUACAUAGAACUGAGCACUUGGUUGCUAUUUAUUUUAAAAGGCAGGGUUGUCAUUUUUCCCCCAGGGAGUGGGAGGAGUGGGGAGGAGUGGGGAUUUAGUGCGUGUGAAUUUUUAGUUAUGGGAACAAAGAGUUAAAAAUUACUUUGCCAAUUUUGGUUGCUGCUGGGGGAAAAAAGUCAAAACUACUGGUGACCACUGUUGGAAGAGGAAACAUCUGUUUUAUAUACUUAACAUGGCCUUCCCCUCAAAGACGUAUUCUCAUCAUGAGGCUUUUUUUUUUUUUUUUUUAAGUAGCCACUUUUACAUACUCAGUAUUAAUCCUAGGUGCAUGUGUUAAGGUUUUGGUUUUCAUUUGGUUUUUAUUGAGCUGAGCUGCUUAUAUUGAUAGUGAUAAAUGUGGAUGUGUGUGAGACAUGAGUGACCGGUUCCUGUUUUCUUCACUGGAUAUGAUCUAGUCUUUUUUUCCUCCUUUCAAUGUACUUUGGCCAUGGAGUAUAUAUAUAUAUUUCUAUAAAUUGUGCAUGGAGUUCCCUCCCCCUGGGCUUGUCUCUUCUGGCAAGGCCAGAGGAGCUGACUGCACGCAGUUUCAGGCCAGGCAAGGCUAGAUCUUCCUGUGUGCAACUGCUGCCACUUUUGAUUUCCCAUGUCUCAAUCAUGUAUUGCUUCAAUCAAUAGUAAGAUCCAGCAGCCUUCACCAUCCAGGAACUUCAGAACUUGGAAGGUAAUUUUUGUGUGUUACAGGGGUGCACCAGUUCAUAGGAGGGCAGUGAGGAAAACCGCUAUAAUGUAAAAUCAGAUUUCAGAAGGAAAAUAACAGCAGGAACUGACUAUACAGUCCUACUUCAAAAUCCCUGUGCCCUAGUGUCGACUGCUUUUUCUUCUGAUCAUAGCUCAGAAAGAACCAAAUGGCAGAUUAGGGACAGGGUUAGGUAGGAUGGAUCCUACAAUGGUCAGAGUUGGUGAUACUUACUUCCUUAGCUCCUCCUUCCUUUCUGAUCUCAGGGUUUUCAUUCGCUCUUCAAACUUUCCCAAACAUUUGCUAUUUCCCAGUAGCCCUCGCUGGCUUCUAAUGUUUGGUCUGGUACUAAAUAGGAAUGUUUAUAUGCUAAGGUUUUUAUGGGACACUGUUGAGCCCAGUCCCAGGAUCUCUAUGUAAUUUCCAUGAGGGCCAGGGCUGCUACUUGGACCCUUGGAUCUAGUUCAGGGAACAGAGCAGCUCUGUGUGGUAAUACAUUCUUAGUUGUCUGACAACAAACUCUACUAGGGUGUUGGAACUAGCUUUUAUUCCCCACACUUAAGUAAUGCUUCCAGAUAACCUGCAAAUCUUCUGGAGCCAAAGCCUCUCAUAAUGCUAUCCGAUUUACCUCCCCCACCACACCCAGCACAUGAAGUUUACAGCCAGUAGCUUGGUCUUACUCUCUUGGAGUCCUAAGUCUUUCAUUCCCCUUACUGCCGAAGCAUCUCACUCCCAGGGCAAGCCAGGCAACUUGGCAUUGUGGGAGGUGCUGGCUGCUCAGCUCUGUCCCAUUAGGCCCUGUUGGCCUCUGUUGCAUGUUGACUCAGGGAGCCAGAGAGCGAAGUGGAGGCCAUAACUCUCAGCUCUUUGGAGUGUUAUUUAGUAUUGAGAGCGGGGUUUGCCUCUGAAAAGAGUACAAUCAGUUCCAUAAAACUGGGGUGUGUUGACUUAUAUUCUGAUAGUUUAGGCUGACUUAUUUAAAACCCAGAUGCUGAUUCCAGAGCCCUGGAAUAAGAAAAGUACUUGAGUAUUGGGUGGGGAGGGGAAGGGUGGAGUGAAGGUCUUAGGUUCAAGCCAAGACCUGUGAAUAUAGUUGUGCUGAUUAUCUGGUGGUGUUAACAUGAACUCAAAAUCCUGCAUUUUUAGAUUAAUUUUGAUUCUAAUUGAGGCCUCACUGGAUGUGCCUCAGUUUUGUGUGUUUGGAGGCUGGGUGGAGAAAGUAUAAUAUCACGUUGUUUCUCUAAGUCGUCUCCCCUGUUUCUUAUCAUUCCAGAGUUUUUUUCUAUUAGCCAAACUUUUCAUAGUCCCUUCUUUCUCCUUUCCUGACAAUUACAUUAUUUACUUCUUACUUGCUGGUUUCCUUAUGUUUGGGGCGUAGUUAAGUGAUAGGAAGUGGGGGUUGGGGGGGAAAUGUGUGUUUCUCCACUGAAAAUUAACUCUCCACCCAUCCCAUCUUGCUAAACAAGGUUUACAUUUACAACUAAAAAAGUUCAGAUGCAAUUUUCAACUAUUCUGAAACCAGCAGGGUACACCUGACUUUAAUAGUUUUCUUAGCUGAAACAGAUGUUCUCCUUCAGUUUAACUUAUGAGAAAAGUUUUAUCUGAUGCAUUUUGUGUUGAUUUCCCCUUUAGUGGUUUAUUUUGUCUUUUUCUGCCCAUCUGUCUACUAAUAAAAUGUGAAAUAAAAUAUACCUGUAUUGCUACUUCCCCAUG